AUGCCAUCAAGAUGUGUAUCAUUAAAUUUCAAGGCAUAUUUCAGCGGGUUAAAACCUACUAUUAAAGAUUUAUUUAUAGCACCUCCUAGUAUUGAAUCAACCAUUUCAACUCAAGGGCACAUUAAAUCUAUCCGUCAGUUUAAAAAUAUAGGUUUUAUUGACUUAUCAGAUGGAACUACGUUUCAUAACUUAAGUAUUGUCUUACAGGAUCCUGAAUCUACGUUUUCCAAAUUGCACUUGAAGGUGGGCCAAAGCAUCAAUGUUGUAGGAAAAUGGAUUGAAUCUAAAGGUACUCAAAAAUAUGAAGUUUUAUAUAAUCCGGAGGCAAUUGAUCAUAGUCUCCAUAUUAUAGGAGAUGUGGAAGAUGCAUACCCUAUUCAGAAGAAAACCCAAACGUAUCAAUUCUUGAGAGGAUUGCCAACUUUGAGACAUAGAACUGCAUCAUUGGCCUCUAUGUUGCGCUUUAGAUCGUUCAUGGAAACUAAAUUAAUGGAAUUUUUCAAUAGUCAGAAUUUCACUAAAACUACACCUCCGUUGAUUACUAGCUCUGAUUGUGAAGGAGCAGGUGAACAAUUCAAAAUCGAGCAGUUGCAUAGAAAAGAAGUCGUUGUGGAUGGCAAUGUUCAGGAAGAGCAUUUUUUUGGUAAACCUGCCUUCUUGACUGUUUCCACUCAACUUCAUCUUGAGGUAUUGACGUUAUCUUUAAAUAGGGCUUGGACUUUAACCCCGUGUUUUAGAGCAGAAGAUUCUAAUACAAAUCGUCAUUUAAGUGAAUUCUGGAUGUUGGAGGCUGAAAUGUGCUACGUCGACCAUGUCAGUCAAUUAACUGACUUCACAGAACAAAUGAUAAGAUACGUCACAAGUGCAUUGAAAUCCGAAGCUGUAAAUGAACAAUUCAGUGGGCAAUCGACUGAUUUGCUAAGCUCUAGAUUCAAGAAAGAUGAAAUUGAAACAUUGAAGAGCAGGUGGAACACGAUUUUGGCUCCUGAAAAAUGGCCCUCCAUAACUUAUUCUGAUGCUAUCGAUAUCAUUAACAAAAUAAAGAAUAAAAAUAGACUGAAAAACCGCUUGAAUUGGGGUGAGGAUAUCCUGACUGAACACGAAAAAUGGCUUGCUAGCACCCAUUUCCAAUCCCCAGUUUUUAUUACUGACUACCCAAGAUCUCAAAAGCCAUUUUACAUGCCCAAAUCUCAUCCAAGUGUUUACAAUCCGGACAGACCAACAGUUGCAUGCUACGAUUUGAUUUUACCGGAAAUAGGAGAGCUAAUUGGCGGCUCAAUGAGAGAACAUAACUACAAUAACUUGGUACAAGAAAUGACGAGGAGAAAUAUGAACUUAAAAGAAAUGGAAUGGUAUUUAUCAACCAGACUCAAUGGUACGGUUCCACAUGGUGGUUUUGGUAUGGGUUUUGAAAGAUUACUUUCCUAUCUUGGAGCAAUGGAAAAUGUCAAGGAUGUCAUACCUUUUCCUCGUGUCCCCCAAUCAUGCAACUGUUAA